CAUAAUUUUUUUCAAAUAAAAUAAAACUUUUUCAAAAAUUUAAUAAAGUAGUUUCCUAGAUUAGAUCUUUGUUUUUAAAAUUAAAUCUUGUCCAUCAAAAUCCAUAAAGAAUUACUUCCAUUCUCAUUGAUGGCGUAAAAUCAUUAUAAAAUCAGGGAUAGUGAAUAGCUUUAAUAAAUGCAACUAUGCAUGGGACAUAAUAAAUAACUUGUAAAAUAACAUCAGAGUGAGAGAUUGGCAAUAAUAUUGAUGUGCUAUAUUUCGGAAGCAAUUAUUUAUCUGUGUAUGCUCUUACGAGAAUAGUAGUUGUGGAUUGAGAAGAUAAGGACAAAAAAAUUGCGUGGUAUUGCUUUAUAAAAAUUUUUUGUUAUAUUGUCAACUAAAUUAGCAUGGGUAAAAACAAGCAAGCACAGCGAAGUAAAAAUAAUGCAAGGCCAUCAAAUAGUAGUAGAAGCGCAGAGCUUCUGGGAACUGCAAUGCCCAAUUUUGUUGGAUUUUCUGCUGUGAAAGACGGUGGCUAUGUCCCUAUACUUCCUGGAUUAACUCUUUGCAAUGUAAAUGACAUUAAAAUGCAUAAUAUAAAUUCUAAUUUUCAAAUAGUUUUGAAAAAAAUGAAUAAGAAGGAUGCAACAACCAGGUACAAGGCUUUACAAGAAUUUGCUAUUAUGUGUCGAACGGAAAAAUUAACAGCAGUUGAAGAAAUGUUACCCUUUUGGCCUAGAUUAUAUAAUAUUUUAGCUAUUGAUAUUGAACAUAAAGUAAGAGAAGCUGCACAAUUAGCUCAUCUUGCUGUAGUAAAACGAGUUAGUGAAGGUAUUAUUACGUAUUUAAAGCAAAUCGCUGGUUCUUGGUUUACUUCUCAGUAUGAUACUUAUCCACCUGCUGCAUCGGCUGCAACAAAUUCAUUUAAUGUGAUCUUCCCACAAAAGAGAAUAGUCGACGUAAUAAUCCAUUGUCAAGAUGAAAUAUUAUUAUAUAUUUUUAAUAAUAUUAUAAUCCAAACGCCGCAAUCGUUGUCUAUACAUAAAUCUUUAAGUCCAGAAGAAAUGGAAACAAAAUAUCAAAGAGUAUUGGUGGCAAGUUUACAUGGUUACAGUUAUUAUUUUAAAAAGGUACCUUUUCAAGAAGUAAAGCAGGCUAUUGAAAUUCAUGAGAAAAUUAUAAGUAAUAGUAAAUUUUGGAAAUUGGCCAAGCAUAGUGCCUUUCCUAUAACAACAGCAUUUUUUACUGUAUUAACGUCGAUAUUAGAAAAUGCAGAUGAUUUAAUACAAAAUGAAAAGAAAAGAACAAUAACAGUUAUUAUGAAUAGUCUUGAUGAAAUGGAACCUGCACUUUCAUCAGCAAUCUGGGAGUGUAUGCUUGUUGCUAUUAAUAAAGUACAAGACUGGUAUACAGUAGUUAGUAUUGAGCAGCUUGUGUUGCCGAAAUUAUGGAAAAUUUUACGUAGUGGUGGACAGUGUUGUGCAAGUGUCGUUUAUCCUAAUUUAUUACCUUUUCUCAGUCAAUUUCCAAAAUUAAAUAUCGAUAAUACAAAAUUAUAUACGAAUUUCUUUGAGAACAUGCGCCAAGGAUUCUCAGCUAAGAGAGUUCAAUUUAGUCGUUCUGAAAUGUUUGCAGUAACAGUUUCCUUUGUUGAGUGUUUACGAUAUGCAAUAUUAUUGAAUGCCAAUGAUGUUACUUUAUGUGAGAAACUUUUGAAAGAACAGCUAAUUCCUCUAAUAGAAAUGUGUUUAACAAAAAGUAUAAUAAUAGAAGAGAUUUUAUUCUGUGAAGUUAGUCAGCUAUUGAUAUAUUGGAGUAAAAAUCGAUACAAUGAAGAAUAUAAAUCGUAUCCUGUUUUAUUACGUAUAUUUUGGACGGAACUUAAACAAUUAUAUGAAAAACUCAUAAAUAUGAUACAAACUUCUAAUUUAGAAUCUAUUGAAAAUAUAAGUAGUUGUCAAAUAGAAUUUUUACUUAAUUUAAGGGAUAUCCCAAAUAGAAGACGAAAAAAUUUAAAAGUAAACUUUGUUGAAACUGAUCAAAUCACUGAACCUAAAUGUCAAAUACAAAAGGUAGAGGUAGAAGUGGACACAGUUUUUCAAGCUGAACUUUUUAAUUUUGUUAAUGAUUUUUGUGUCACGUGUUUUAAUAAAAUUAAUACACAUCAUUUCAUAGAAUAUAUCAAAUAUCUUAAUGAAAUUAUCACACAUUUUGAGUGUCAAGAGCUUUUCAUUGCUCUUACAAAAUCAUUAAAUCCGGACAUAAGUUUCUUCCAGUUUUAUAGUGAAACUUUGCAAAACUGGUUAACACAGGCAACAAAUAAAGAAAAACAUGUAGCAGAAUUAAUUUUCAAACUUGUAAAGUAUAUGGAUGAUACGGAUAAAGAUAAAGUUUUAAAUUCAUUAACAGAGUUUGAGAAUGUCACUAUAGUUAGAAGUAUCAUCGAAUGUGGUUUAUCCAAAAAUAAUAGAAAUGAUGCUGUAAUCAAAAAAUGGUGUUCACAAUCUAAAGUAACUAGUUUACUUAUAGAUGUAGUUAAAGAAGUGGUUUCUGGUACUUAUACCAAUUUAGAAAGAAAUAAGAAAUUGAUUCUAUUGGCUUUUGAUUUAUCUGAGGAUGGUGAUCCAUUAAUAAACGAAGAUAAAGCUAAUCAAAUUAUUACAAUCCUAUGUGACUCAAUAAAUCAGAAAAAUGAAGCCUCCUUGGUAGAACUUGCAAAAUUAAUUUUACAACUUGUACCACUUGUAUGGACUUAUAAGAAACCAAUAUCUGGUGCCGUACAAUUAUUAAAAGCACUUUUUGUUUUGUGUAUGCAAGAUUAUUCGAACAAUUAUGAUUCCAUUUCUAUCAAUGACAUGCAAAAUGUUUGGAAAAAAGGUCUUUCUGAGUGUAGACAAAGACUUGCACAUUCUGAGUUUACUUCGUUCACUAAGCAAAUUGCAGCUAUUACUUGGAAUGAAAUAUGCAAUACAUAUGAAGCUGAUGUAAAAGAUUUGCUAGUAGACAUAGCAACUGAUUUUCUUGAAGUAAUAAUUAAUAAUGAACUAUAUGUAAAUACUGAUGAUAUGAAAAUGGAAUAUGCAAAAGAAGUUCUUUCGACAUUUUUAACAGAAUCAAAUAUAAGUACAUGGAUGGCUGAAGUUACUGAAAUUGUAAUUUAUGCAGAAGUAAUAACUGGACAUUUAUAUGUAUCAAAACCUCAACAGAAGAUACGUGCAUACCACCAUACUGCAAUCAUUAAUUUAACUGAUAAUGUUUUAAUAGAUAAUACAGAAAAUUGCCUUAUGUGGGCUUUAUUUGUAACAAAAUUAUUAAGUAAUCUUUAUUUAAGAUACGAGCAAGAAAAUGUGGAUGAAAAUGUUGAUGAAAAUGUGGAUGAAAAUGUUGAUGAAAAUGAUAUUGAAAAUCAGAUUUUGAUACCAGGAUUUACAGAGAUAUUAGUAAAUAUUAUACAUUCUGUUACUUUGGGACAUAUUUAUGUGAAUUACUAUAAAUCUGCCAAAUGUUACAAAAAUGUGGAGAAACUUCUGACCUCUAUAAAAAAUAAUUUGAAAAAUUUGCAGAAACAUAUAACUAAAAAGGAACACGAGGAAAUUCUUCAUUAUAUUCAAAAAUAUAAGUCUGAAUAUGGAAGUAUUUUACCUUACAUUAUAAAUGUCUAUUUUACGGAAUUAUGUGCAAAAGAAGAUCUUGCAGAAUAUUGUAAAAUAUGUAAAAGCAAUAGCAUUCUUCCUGAAAGUGAUGCAUGCGACAAAGAAGCAUAUUUACAAGCAGUGCAGAUUAUAUCUCAAUACUUAGAUCCAGAAAAUAUUCAAGUAUCAACAGAUGAUCUUUUAAGUGCAUUAAUUGUAGGAAGAAAUAUACUUUCAACUCAAGUAAAUACUUCAAUACAUGUCAAUAUUUUAGAAAGGAUUGUAUCAAACCAACAGCAAAAUUCUAACUUCUUACUUUUUGAUUGCAAUAUUAGCGAUGAAUCGUGGGAAAAUGUAGCUUUAAUUUUAGAAAUUAUAAGAUUUCUUACCGAACUUAUUAUAAGAAUACCUACAAAUUUAUCCUGUAAAAAUUGGGAUUUUAUUCUGAUAUCUUUAGCAUCCUGGCAAGUUUCUGUAAAUAAAUCUAAAGAUAACUUCAAUGAUCUUAAGGUGACAGCAUUAACAGUAGCUGUUAGUCAGCUUUUUUAUGAAUUUCAAAGUUUGAUGCAUAAACACAAUGUAGAACCAUUGAAUGAAUUACCACCUGCUAUUUUAGAUGAAUGGAAAGCUGUCUUUGCUAAUGACAUACACAGAGGUAUUCUACAAACUUGGAAGCUCCAUGCUGAGUCAUGCAUUGAAAAAAUGGGAAUUUUAAAGCCAAUUAUUGCUUUAGAUUAUUUAGGCAAAACGAUAAGUCUACUUUAUGCUAAAGUGCUUUUCAAAAGUGAGAACGUGCCUACUGACAGUAAUAAUUUAGAUGAAACAAUAAAAUUAUGUUUGAAACUUCUUCAGUCUCCAGCGCCAUCUAUUCAAUUGGGUGUAUAUCAUUGUUUAAAACAUGUUAUAUCUGAGCUUGUAGAACAAGAUAAAACAUCCAUGGAAACAGAAUGCUUUCAUCCACUUGUUUUAAGUAUUAGAAAUUUUGAAGAAGCUCUUUUGAAUAUACAGUAUAUAGUGAACACGAUGCUUAUAGAUUUCAAAUUAUGUGACACUAUUAGUUGUACAAUACAACCUUAUACAGACUCUUACACAUAUACUUUGGGUUACUUAUUGCUUUGGUCAAUUGUUUUGGAUAUGUGUGCAAAUACGCAUGGUGAUUUACGAUAUCAAUAUGCUGAAAUAUUAAAGAAAGAUCUCUUUCCAUCCUUAUUGAAUAAUAUAUUUCGAUUAAUGCCAGUGGAAGUGCUACAGGAUAACAAAAAUAAAGCAGCCAAAUUAGUAGAAAUGUUUUCUACAGUACCAUCUUUGAAUUUUGGAGAAAGUUGGACUGAAUGGAGAUUGGAUCAUAUAGUGUGUUGGUUAUAUACAAAUACUUUGAGGCAUUUACCUGUAUUAGUGAGACAGUGGUGGAGUACUGCUGAUAGCAAAGUUAGCGCUGCAGUGGAUAGAAUAACGAUGCAUUAUGUUAGUCCUAUGUUAUGUCAAGAAGAACUUCUUAAUAAUAGGCUAGUCAAUGUUGAAAACAUGCAGGUAAAAGUUCAUCCAACAGCUAGAGAGGUAGUAGCAUUGUAUCAAAUGGAUGAUACAGAAUUAGAACUGAGUAUUGUUUUACCGCCAAAUCAUCCAUUGGGUCCGGUGACUGUAGAACCAGGACAACAUGCAGGAGGUACCGCCAAUUGGAGAAAUUGUCAUAUGCAUCUGUCAAUAUUUCUUACUCACCAAAAUGGAUCAAUUUGGGAUGGAUUAAUAUCAUGGAAAAAGAACUUGGACAAAAAAUUUGCAGGUGUCGAGGAGUGUUAUAUAUGUUUCAGUAUCUUUCAUAUAAGCACUUAUCAAAUACCAAAAUUGUCUUGUCAUACUUGUCGGAAGAAAUUCCACACACCAUGCUUGUACAAAUGGUUCAGUACAAGUCAAAAAUCUACAUGCCCUAUAUGUCGGAAUGUAUUUUAAUUUAAUCAUAAAUGUAAAGUGGACUAUGAAUACAUAAUAAGAUGAUAUAAUAAAAGAAGAUUAUAUACAGUAUUUGUAAGAAAAAAAAUUGAUGAUGUAAUAUAAUUUAUGGUGUUAGUAUAUAUAUAUAUAUGGAAGUAGUGAAAAUUUAUGUCUUAUGGAAUUUAUGUGUCUUUUUAAGAUGUAUUUAAAAUAAUUGAUUGUAAUACAAACCAAUUUUCUAAACUAAAAACAAUGUAAGUUUUUAGUUUAGAACUGAAUAGCUCUCAAGUUGCCAAGAACCUAGUUGCCGAUGAAAUAUAUUAUUAAUAACUUAUA